CACCAUUGAUCAGGACGAGCGUCUGCUGGUGGAGGAGUUGUGGUGGCAGCUGAACUGCUGACACUGAGGCCACUCAGUGCAGCUGUGUCAGUGCCACUGACAUUGUCAGACGCUGGUUCACCGCCUAUGCGACGGCAGAUGACGCUGACUCUGGUGCCUCACUCAGCUGAGUCAGCUCAUCGAGACGUCAGCCUGGUUAAGAUUGCCACCGUCGUGUCAGCUCACGCGGCCUCUCCAGCUCCCCUCGGGCGUCUCCCUCGCCUACCCUUCCCUGGCGACGCAACGCAACGCCACGGAACCGACACUGAAACGGAUAAUGUAUCCUCACUAUUCAGGGAUAAAUUCAGGUUCAACUUCGAUGAGUCUGGCCCAGUGACUGGGAAAUCCAUGGCUAAUUCUAGCCGUGGAUUAAAUAAAUUCAGCGCUCGAAUUACAUGGCAGGGAUCUAAUUCAGGAAUCCGCCUGGAUAGCGACUCAGGAUUGUUGUUGCUGGAUCCUGCAGCUGGGCUGGGACGACAUCAAGCGAAGCUGCUUCUCUCGUCAGCGUUGGGCGAAGCGCACGAGCUGACUGUUUACGCUGACGUCAGCAGCGUCAGAGUUGCUGACGCGCUGAAAUCUACACCAAUCGAUCUCGCCAUCCUGCCUCACGACCUCCUGACGAAUGCUGACGCUGAGGAACCAAACUCAGAAUCUCCUCUGGACCGUCUCCUAAGGCUGAUGAAUCAGCAUCUUGCUGACUACUCAAACGAAUCAAGGACAGACUCCCCAAAGUCGUACGAUAUGUCAGCCAUUCGCCCACACGUCAUGGCUGUGGCUGUAGAAACCAUACAACGCAACAAUGACAGCCACACCAGAGUGUGGCUCCUUCAACAGCCACCUGAAAGGCACCUCAGAUUUGCCCUGGAGCCUCUAAUAUUCCAGCAUCAACAUGAGAUCGAGGCCGAAGUCGGUGCGGCUGUGUUGGGCGCGGGCGUUUCGGCGCUGGGCGACUGCGCGUCUCGACGAGUUGCGUGCCGCUGUUGCUGCCGCGACCACGCGGCGCUGGACCAGCGCUGGCACCUCGCGGAUGCCGGCGCUCGCAGCCACGCCGGGCCUUCCCUGCGUAUAGAAUCUUCGUGCAGGUGUCCAGUGCAGGACGGCGCCGAAGAGGAGCGCGGGCAGCUGGCUAGCCUGACUUCGGCGCACGCGGUCACCGCCGGGCGACAGCCGACAUGCAGCCGGGGCGCCUGCCGCAACGGCGGCAAGUGCCUGCCUCACGCCGCGUCUGGGCCCAGGUGA